AUGGCAAUGCAGCUAACGGCAAAAAUAGGACCGUCAAUUUUGAACGCUGAUUUAUCGCAGCUUUCGGAGGAAUCGCAACGAUUAAUUGACAACGGUGCCGAUUACUUGCAUUUAGAUGUUAUGGAUGGACACUUUGUGCCUAACCUUACUUUCGGUCACCCGUUAGUAAAGUGUCUUCGAAGCAAAGUAAAAGAUGCCUUUUUAGAAACGCACAUGAUGGUCUCUAAUCCCGAUCAGUGGAUAGAACCUAUGGCAGAUGCUGGUGUUAAUCAGUAUACAUUUCAUGUUGAGCCAGUGAAAGAUGUUCCAUUGGUUUGUAGGAAAGUAAAGGAAGCAGGAAUGAAGGUUGGAGUAGCACUUAAGCCAGGAACCCCAGUGGAUGUAGUUGUGGAAUAUGUUGAUUUAGCGGAUAUGGUAUUGAUCAUGACUGUGGAACCAGGCUUUGGUGGUCAACAAUUCAUGUAUUCAAUGAUGGACAAGGUAGCAUGGCUCAGAAAAAAUUAUCCAACAUUGGACAUAGAAGUAGAUGGAGGAGUUGGAUUAACAACUAUCGAAGCAUGUGCAAAAGCUGGUGCAAAUAUGAUAGUUUCUGGGACAGCUGUUAUAGGUUCCCCCGAUCAAGCAAAAGUUAUCAACACUUUAAGAAAUACUGUAAACUGUGUAUUACAAGAUAGUUAAAAAUAGAAGGGAGAAACAUCUUCUGGGAUUGGUAUAUUGUACAGGUUCUAGUUUGUUACAAAAUCAUUUGUAAAAAAAGAGAAAUAAAGGUUUUUCUAAUUUUUGUGUAA